CUGCAAACUGGCAACGCUCGACUGCCUCUUGGGCCUGCCCGUCUGCCGGUCCGUCAACCCUGGUCGUGCGCGCAUCAAAUCGUCGUCACCUUCAGGGUUCAACCAGUGCAUUGAUGCGGGGAUGGCGUUCAAAAUAUAUGUCCCGACUGCUGGCUUAAUGAUCCUUCGCGUCUAUCUCUGGGAUCACGUCCAUCACUCGGCCGCGAUGGCACGGAUCUAGCAGCGUCUAGCAGCGGCAGUGAAGGUCAGGCUUGGCAAUAUGGCCACCAAUCUUCCGAACGGGGACGGUCGUGCGCAGCGAGAUCAAAAGAUAUAAAGUCGAGCGGCAACUCGUUGGAAUAAGAGUCUUUCUCUCGGCAGGCAACAUUCAACCAAGCGACAACCUUCCUACUGUACACUUCUAUCCCUUCAAGAGCUGGUCUCUUUUUUCUGUUCUUAUCUCAUUCACCCCUUAUAUCACCACUAACCGUCAACCACCCCAACCUACAUCAGCCCAAGAUGCUUUUCUCCACCAAAACUUGCCUCGCUGUCGUCGCCGUGCUGGCACGCGCGACAGCUGGCGCCCCGGCCGGCUCUACCAACGACGCCCUGGACCGCCUGCAGGACGUUGCGCGUGAGGCGCGCCAGCUCGAGGCCGUCACCGCCGCCGCCGCCGAGAAGCGCCAGUACCAGAUCUGUGAUUGCCCCGAAGGUUUGGAGUGCAUGGACUCCCGCAUCCUGGCCAUGGUGGGUACCAUCGCUCCCGAGGCCCAGUGCGUGUUGCCCAGCACGAAGCGUGACAUUGAGGCCAGUGCCGCCGAGGCCGAGAAGCGACAGCAGCGCGCAAAGGUGGAGGGCGUCGCAAAGCGCCAGGAUUGCGACUGCGGCGAGGGCUACGAGUGCACGGACCCCUACAUCACGUCCGUGUUAGGCGCCGUAGGCCCCUUUGGCUCCGAGCCAACGUGUGUGUUGUCCCACACGAAGCGCACCCUUGAGGCCAUGGCUGUCGAGGUCGAGAGGCGUCAGGUCGCAGAGGCUGAGGCUGUCGAGAAGCGCGAAUCUUGUGCCUGCCCCGAUGGCUUCUCGUGCAUGGUCCAAUCGUUUGAGAUGCUCGCCGUCGCCCCCCAGGCCAUCUGUGUGCCGUCCAGCACGAAGCGCGACCUCGAGACUAGGGCCGCCGAGGCCGAGAAGCGUCAGCAGCAGCGCGGAGAGGCGGAGACCGUCGAGAAACGCACAUCUUGUGACUGCCCCGAGGGCGACGUGUGCUUGCCUAACAGCCCCGCCGAAGUGUUUUCGGGGAUCCAGCUCGGCGGCCCAUCGGACAUUUGCGUGUCACCCACCACGAAGCGCGACAUUGAGGCCCUCACCGCCGAGGUCCAGAAGCGACAGGUCGCGGACGCGGAGGGCGAAAAGAAGCCCCCCGCGUGUGACUGCGCCGAGGGCGAGACAUGCUCUCUCGUCGUCAUGCCUAUUACAUCCAACAAGGCCGCAUCUACCUAUAUGUGUGUGUAGGAGGACAUGAUGGAUGUUGGCAGGGAGGUUGUUGAUGUUGGUCUUGGUGUAUACACGUAGCGUACAGAGUAGGAGAAUUGACUG